GUGGAGUCCAACCAGAGACUCUUAGAAGAUCUGCUGGGUCAGACAGAGAACAGUCCAGAAACCAUCCAGAGAAUCAUCAUCAACCUGAAGGAGAUGAACACUGAUAGAUUCUCUCCUGACAGAAGAAUCAACAUCUUCUACUGUCUGGUGGAGAUGAACGACGACUCAUUUUAUCAGGAGAUCCAACGGCUGCUGGAUUCAGGGAAGAAGCUCUCAGAGACUGAAUGUUCAUCUCUGGCCUUCAUGCUGCAGAUGUCAGAGGUUCUGGAUGAGUUGGACCUGGAGAAGUACAACACAUCAGAAUCAGGACGACUGAGACUGUUUCCAGCUGUGAGGAACUGCAGAAAGGCUCGACUUGGUGGCUGUUUGCUCCAAAAGGCUGAAUGUGAAGUUUUGGCCUCGGCUCUGAAGUCCAACCCAGAUCUGACUGAACUGGAAAUAAAUGAGAUCAACAUAAAUAGAGGUGGAGACUCUGAUCUGAAGCCUCUGCUUGAGAUCCUGGAGAGUUCAGUCAGUAAAGUGAAGAUUCUGAGAUUGUUGGACUGCAGUUUGUCAGAGACCAGCUGGACUUCUCUGUUCUCAGCUCUGAAGUCCAACCCGACCCAUCUGACAAAACUGGAGCUGAGCAAAACCAGCCUGGAAGGUUCUGUAGUGAAGCAGCUCUGUGGUUUUCUACAGACUGAAGGCAGCAGACUGGAGACAUUGAUAUUGUGGACCUGCAGGUUGUCAGAGACCAGCUGGACUUCUCUGUUCUCAGCUCUGAAGUCCAACCCGACCCAUCUGACAGAACUGGACCUGAGCAGAACCAACCUGGGAGAUUCUGGAGUGAAGAAGCUCUGUGGUUUUCUACAGACUGAAGGCUGCAGACUGGAGACAUUGGAAUUGAGGGGCUGCAGUUUGUCAGAGACCAGCUGGACUUCUCUGUUCUCAGCUCUGAAGUCCAACCCGACCCAUCUGACAGAACUGGACCUGAGCAGCACCAACCUGGAAGGUUCUAGAGUGAAGCAGCUCUGUGGUUUUCUACAGACUGAAGGCUGCAGACUGGAGACAUUGAUAUUGUUGGACUGCAGUUUGUCAGAGACCAGCUGGACUUCUCUGUUCUCAGCUCUGAAGUCCAACCCGACCCACCUGACAGAACUGGACCUGAGCAGAACCAACCUGGAAGAUUCUGUAGUGAAGGAGCUCUGUGGUUUUCUACAGACUGAAGGCUGCAGACUGGAGACAUUGGACUUGAGGGGCUGCAGUUUGUCAGAGACCAGCUGUGAUUAUUUGGCCUCAGCUCUGAAGUCCAACCCGACCCGUCUGACAGGACUGGACCUGAGCGGAAACAACCUGAAUUAUCCAGAUGUUCAGCAGCUGAAGAAUCUUGUAAAGACUGUUUGGUUGUUCUGAUCUCUGUGAAGUAGAGAAUGGUCUCAGUGUCCUGCUGAUCCU